AUGACCGACGCCGGCGUCUACCGCUAUGAGCGUCACCGAGGAAGUCAUGAGUUUUUUAGCCCAGGACCACUCUCUAUCUCGCGCACCACUACAGCUUCAUCCGCCACCUUCACAUUAGUAAGCACAAUUAUAGGUGGUGGCAUAUUAUCGCUCCCUUUUGCUUUCGACAAUCGUCGCGGUCGCGCUACCUCUUACGAGGAAGUGGUGCGCAAGGCGCUCGGCAAGCGGAUCUUGUGGGAUCGCUUGGUGCGAGUUAUCUCUAUAAUCGUUCCAUAA